UGUCCUUUUUACUUUGUCUUUUCGGAUCUCGACGAAGGAUGAUGGAUCGUGCUGAAUGAACUGACAAUUUUUUCCUCUGUUUUUCUACUUUUUCAUGUUGUAAUACGUAAGGCUUGAAUAUGUCGCCGUGUUCGUGGUUAUGCCGUCGAUUGUUUGAGGCCACCGUGGUCUUUCUGGUCCUCACCUUUGCUCCUGGUCUCCCACCGCAGAUGAGCUUCACCGCUUUCAGUCAAACCGAGCCGGUGGACUUAGUUGGUGUUUUCAAAGUCAACGACAAACUUAACGGCGUCGAAAAACUCUUCGAGGGUGAAAUCAAAGGCCCCGAAGGAUUCGCAGUUUACGACAACGUCGUCUACACCGCGCUCAAAGGUGGAGCCGUCGUCAGAGUGGUCGGAGAAAAACUUGUGCCCGUAGCUGACCUCUCCCAUCCCUGUGCCGGCAUGUGGGACGAAGUUCACUGCGGUCGAAUUUUGGGCAUGAACUUUGAUAAGAAAGGAGUACUCUAUGUUGCUGACGCUCAGUACGGAGUGUACAAAGUCGACGUGAAAAGUGGCAAAACAUCUCUCCUUUUUUCAUCUGCCGAACCAAUUGAAGGCAAGAGGGCCACACUUGUGAACUCUCUUGUCUUGACUGCCGAUGGCAAAACCAUGUAUUGGACCACCUCUAGUACAGAGGCUAAUCUUGAGGAUGGCCUCUUGAGUCUCCUCGGAGACCCUUCAGGCAGACUGUUCAAGUUUGACAUGGAGACCAAAACACACACCCUGCUCAUGGAUAAAUUGCAUUUCGCCAACGGAGUGGCCCUUUCGCUCAAGGAGGACUUUAUAGUGAUUUCUGAGACUGUUCGAGGAAGACUGCACCGGUACUGGCUGAAGGGCCCAAAGGCCGGACAGAGUGAAGUGUUCAUUGAUGGACUUCCGGGAAUGCCGGACAAUUUGAGGCAGACUGGACAUGGAAGCUUCUUUGUUCCUCUGGUUGCUGCAAGAUUCAAGAGCAUGCCAGUUCUGUCUGAUGUGAUCGCCCCCUACCCCCUUAUAAGAAAAUUCUUGGCUCGGCUCAUUUGCAUUCUUAAGGCGCCUCUCAACUUGGUCAACAAGUACUUCCCAAAUGUCUACACUGGAACAAUCGCCCAUUUGGGAGGUAGCUUUGAGCUCCUUACUCCUUUUGCCACCAAAGCACUGAUUGUUGUGGAAGUCGGAGAGUCGGGUGACGUUCUUUCCACUCUGCAUAGCACUGACAAUCGAGUUACUGGCAUCAGUGACAUCAUCCUCGUCGACCAGACCUACUACUUUGGAUCUCCGUUUAACAAUUUCCUUGGUCGUUUGAAGACUCGUGUUCCCAUCCGAAUAAAAAUGUCUGACAUCGAAGCCGAGAGCACCACCAAAAAACCACCAAGCACAAAACCACCCACCACACAAGCUCCUACAACGCAGGCGCCCACCACAACCAGAGCCCCCACAACCACCAGGGCACCAACAACCCAACCACCGACAACGCAAGCACCCACCACUAAACCACCCACAACGAAACCUCCGACCACCCAGCCACCUACAACGAGAGCUCCACCAACGACGCAAAAGGCAACGACGACCACCCAAAAAGUCACAACCACUACCCAAAAAGCAACGACGACUACCCAAAAAGCUACUACAACCCAAAAAGUAACGACCACCCAGAAACCAACAACAACGGAAGCACCAACUACAAAGAAGCCAGUUAAUCAGCACAAGGAGUUGUGAGAGUAUUUUUAAUUUGCCUUCUAUUUUCAACUGUGGGGAAAGGUAAUGCAUCUAUGGGCAAGUGAUAGUUUUUGUAUAACCUUGCCGACUGUGUUUUAAGUUCAAUUCAAGCUGGUAGAUACGGUCUAGCAGCAUUUGUUAGGAACAAUAAUUAAAAUUUGGCGCCAAAUUAAAUAAAUUAAAUUUAAUAAAUUAGAUCUGAUAAUGCAAAUUUGCCAAAAUUUCAUUUCUAUUGGAGAAAAGUAUUUGUUUUUGUUCAAAUUCUUUGAAUAAAUUGGGCAGGACUGAUUUGGUGAAAAAAUAUAUAACUAUUCUGGGACCAUUUUAGGAUCAUUGUUCUUGAAAUAAUAUUUGAAAAAAAUUUUCAUUAAACUGAAUAAUAUGGGCUAUUGAUCAACCAGAAUUGCGCCCUCGUCACCAACAUCAGAACUGACCUGACCUGACAGAAAAAAUAUAUGGGUUAAUCUUUGCAUUUUAUAUAUUUAUUUGUUAUACAAGCAGCACAUUGUUGAUUAAAUUAUAUGAAAAUUCAGGUCAAUACAGUUAAAAAAAUUUAAUCAAAUGCUAGGGUGUUUGUUAAAAAAAUUUGUUGGUUUAAUAAAAAAAUUAUUGUAAAAUAAA